AUGGCCCGCCCACGCUACCAAGCCCACCGGCCUCGAUCUCGUGUUGGGAUGGACAAGUUUGGCUUGAAAUCUCGCUUGCCGCGCUGGGCUUGGCAAUCUAUUUCCAGGUGGUCCCCACGAAAACGGAGUGGCAAAAGGCGAACAAAUCUGCGGGCUGGUUUCCCGAGUCACUGGACAUCCGAAGAUCCUACUGACAAAGAUGGCUUGAAAUGCUUAGCUUUUGGCCCGAACGGAUCGUACAUGGUUGUUCCGUGCAGUUCCGUCCUCUGCCCCUUUUGGAAAGGUGAAGCCGCUGAGAAAUUUUGCUCAAAUAAGAAGCAGGUCGAUUACCUGGCAUUCUGCGGUUUGGACCAGCACUAUGUGCUCUAUUCUGAUGGCAGCUGCGAGCACAAGCUGCCGUCGAAACUGGUAGAAUUGAUUGAGACGGAGGGCGUGAGCUGGAUAUCCUUCGGGAGCGACAGCUACAUUCUUGAAUCAGCAGCAGGAGAGCUGCGCUGGAACAACAUCCCGAAAAGGUUGGAAGUAAAGCUGCAAGAAAGGCGGGACCUUGUAUCAGUAAGCUUGGGCAGGGAGAACACUUACUGUGCCAUUUUCAAGUCAGGCCCCGUUUGGUCGCAUGGUGUCCCCGAACUGUUGGAUACAAUGCUCAAGACAAGGACCGUCCCCGAUACUCAUGCCAGCAUUGAGACGUUUGAUGCGGUGUGCCUUUCAUCUUAUGACGAUCGCUUUUACUUGCAAUACAAUGGAGGAGCUGCGUACUGGGAUUGCGGCGAAUGCUCUCAAUUUACUCGCAUGAUGCAAUGCCAUGACACCUUGCGACCUCAAGAGAUCUUCUACUCCAACGAGUCCAUCGCUUCCACUUUCUCAGAUGGGAGAUCUAUAUACGACGCAGCCCAAGGUCUCAAUCAGGGCAGCCUCCACAUCACCGAUUUCCCACUUGUUCAAGUCUUCAGGAUUGGCAGCUCCCUCUUCAGCCGAAACAACCGGCGAUUGUGGGCCUUCCGCAACUCCGGCGUCGAUUGGGUGCCUGUGAUAUAUGUGCACCGCCCUUUCUAUGCUCGUGGAUUGAAAAAACGAGAAGAGAUUUACGUACGCUACACUCGCUGA